GAUGCGUGCACUUCUCCUGCCGUACCCAAGAGUGCACCUGUCGCAGCUGGUCUUGAUUUCCAUUUUGACGUCUCUGAAGCAGCAACACGAUCCAAGAAUCCUUGCUCGCGAAAUUCUUUCAGUACUCAUAUUAACACCGACUUUAUACUUCUAUCCUUGGUAUACACGACCCAAUCUACUCUCGCAGUAAGUGCAAAUAGAUCCAGACAAUGCAUGCCAAGUACGUACGGAUGUAUACCCUCGUCUAUUCGAGUUUUGUCGCUCGUUUUAAAUCUUCAAAAUAUCUAAAUCCGUCAAAGGUUCGAUGUACAUGUAAUUGCAUGAAAACAAUGCCAAAAAAUUUCUAAAAGAACAACCCAGGACCAAUCUUCUACUCGAAAUACACCACUCCCAAUACUAGGCAUCAAGAGUCGCUGUUGAUCGGCAUAUCGAAUUUCGCUUCGAACGGUGUUGUCCCAGACCCGUCUCAGCCCUUUGCCCGUGACGGUUCAGACAG